AUGUCAACAGCUAUCUCCUCUGGGAAGCCUUACAAAUUCCACGUCAAGCUGUGCGUUUUAGACUAUCACAAGCAGACCGCAACUCCCGUAUUCAGUGGGCAGAUAGAGUUUUCACGCCUAGAGGAAUUUAUGGCAGCCAUAGAGGAGCAUGUUCUUGCGAACAAUGUAGUAGAGUUUAAACCAAACCACCUGUAUUAUAAACUGAGCAAGACCACGUUUGAUCCCUUUGACAGCAAAAACAUAUCCUUUGUACAACGUAACAACGGUAAGUUAAUAUCCCUCAACUACUAUCGCAACGGGCCCGUGUCCCAGCAGGAGGUCGAUAAGCGCACGCCCCCGCGCACCGUACGGCGCUCUACGUACCAUUCAGAGGAAAAUGAGCAAAGGAUACAAGCUCUCUCUCAGCUCCUCAGCACCAAAUUUUCGGAUGUCAUACUGGAGCGUAGUAUCUGGAACAUCAUCGCGGCAGACAUGCUCGUCAAAAAUAUAAACCCCGACACCCUUGACGCUCUUCCAGACGACUACUACACCUUUCAAGAGGCCCAGUCAAUGAUCAGGACGACUCCAGCGUACAUGGACGAGGGUCUUAGCACGUCAGUUAGUGACUACAGCUUCAUGCAAGCACACACAAAUUUACCGAGUAAUUGCAUCCAGACCAUUCCACCGCACGACUCUGUAUCUCAGCCAAUGCCCUAUCACGCCGCUUCCAAGACGAUACAAAGCAUGCAAUCCGUGGAGCCUGGCCGGAAGCUUCUUUGUAUGGAUUUGGUCUUCAAGAACGUUGUCAUGGAUGCGGUCCAGGAGAUCACAGACGCGGUCCAGAAAAUACAGGAAAAGUACAUGUCGAGCACAUACGCAUGCAGCACCAAUAACACCAUCGGUAUAGGAAGCGGAAGACAGACAGACGACGAGGAGGAUGAUGAUGACGACCGCGUGGGGCGCGCCGUAGGGGAAGGUCCCGAGGGAGAUAUCGACUUACUCACUCAUCGCGGGCAUGAUCGGGGUGCCAGAAGAAAUGAGCCCGACGACGGCCCUUCAAUUAGAGGUGUUUCUAGUGGUCCUCUUUCUAUGCUCGGCAUCGGUCCAAAGGUCAACUAG